GAAAAAUAAGCCACAGUCUACUGUACACUCGCUGGGUAUAAUAAAUCUAUAAAAGUUUUUAUUUGUGUUUUUUUUUUAAUUUGAAAUGUUAACUUACUAUUGGUUGCUAAAUUUUUACUCUUCUUACACCCAUAAGAAGGGUAUAAAUAUUGCUCGAAAAACCGACUUUCGAUCCGAGGCCCGACUUUUUAAGAUUUUUGGCCAAGUGUAUUAUAAUAAAUAUCUCAGCCGUUUGUCAACCGAUUUGGGUUCUCUUGGCGCCAAAUUCAUGUUACAACAUCCUAGUAGACUCUUAUUAAAUUUGAUUACAAUUGGACAUUUAAUUACUGAUAUAUCUUUCGAGGAGUACUUAGGAGUAAUAUAACUAAACUUUUUGAGAUUUUUGAUAAAGUGUAUCAUAUUAAAUAUCUUUGCAAUCAGUCAACCGAUUUAGGUUCUCUUAGCACCAAAUAAAAGCUACAAUACUACUUCGUAUAUAAUUUAAUCGACUGAUUAAGAGAUAUUAGACAAAGUGUAUCUCGAUGAUUUUCUUAUCCAUUUGUUUAGCGAUUCAAGACCUUUUGGCAGUUGACGAAAUAUAUUAUACUCCAGAAUAUGAGAACUAUUUUUAAAAAAUUCCAUACAAGAUUCCAGGAGAUGUCUGGCAUGUCUGGCAGUUUAGUCCAUGGUCCAUGAUGCAAUUUUGGAAACUAAUCCACUAUAUGCCAAAUCCACAAUAUUUUCUAGAAUGACCAAAAGGCACAAUCACACAAAAUAUAUAUGGUUAAUACGAAUAAUACAACAAUAAUAAUUUUAAUAAGUGUAAGAAGGGAUCUGUUCACCAUAGGUGGAUUGAAUCGGGUUUUUUUCUUUAAAAUUAGGUAUUUUUUAGCACUUCACAAUCCAAUACUAACACUAAUUGUUUUGUACUAUUUUGGUUUGGACGGUACUGAUAUGUUUGUUGUACUGAGCUUUUAUGGAAUUUUGUUUAUGUCGUUCGUAUCUUCACUGUUUUAGAUCGACAUAUUUGGGUUUGGUUUUCAGUGCGUUUGAUAGUGUGCAGAAUUGCAGCGUAUGCUUUGUUGAAUCCAUACUACAUCCACUCUUCUAUUUACUUUGCGUUCUGUAUUAUAAAUAUAACACAUUUCUAGGAAAGCUAGUGUGUUUGUGUUGUUACUUCUAUCUACUAUUAAUGCAAAGAAAGAACCCUAUUCGAAAUGUCCAUAUAACAACUUAACGGAGCAGUGUUAGUUCCUGUUUGAACGAACUACUGAAAAGAAGACGGAGUGUUGUGCGCGAUCUGGGGAAUUCCAUAUUUUGAUAUUCAGUAACUUAACCGUGUGCAAUCUACUUUAGUCUUCAUCCACUUUUUACAUUGUUCACACUCAAAACCAUUAGACAUGGAUUCCCUACGGAUUAUAAUUUUGAUUUUUGCUUUAUCAGUGGCAUAUUCACCAGCUUUAGGAAGACCUCUAGACGAUUACGAUGACUUAGGUAAUGAAAUUGAUCCUUUUACUGGUUUAACAGUUAUAACAGUAACAGAGAAACCUCUAAGAAUUUCACAAACAAUGGAGCAUCCAGUUCAACAAAGUAUUGAAGUUCUUCCUCCUCCUCAUUUAACCCGUAUAAAAGUACCAGAGAAAUCUACAAGAAUUCCACCAACAACGGCGAAACCAGUUCAACAAAGUACUAUAGAUACAACCACGGAAUACAAAUAUAAGGAUAUCAUAGAAGCCUAUACCAUAGAAGUACCCAAACUUGAAUCGAUUCGACAUGCCGCUGGAACACUGUACUACACAGUGGACCCGCAGGAAGAUCCGUACAAAAAGUUGAUGCAAGUGUACCAGGAUAAUUUUGAAACUCCUAUGAACAGAAACUUGCCAAAAAAUAAACCACCUCCAAAAGAUUGAACGUGUAUCGCCUGCGUUUAAUGCUAGUGUGUUUUGAAAUAAAUUGAAUUGUGCUGCAUUACAUUUGAAUCAAAUUAUCAAUUUAUUAC